AUGAUGACUGACGGAGCUUCGGAGCACCACCGAGCCCCACCUACAAUGCUCAUCCUGCAGCUUUGCUGUGUGGCUGCCAUUGAAGGGAUGGAUAUGGGUUUGCUACCAGCGGUGAACCUGGCACUGCAACAGGACCUCGGCUUACGACUCACAGACCUCUCCUGGAUGACUUUGGCCCAGGCCGUCGCACAGGCGUUGUUGGCACCUCUUUGGGGCGUCUUGGCGGAUCGAAAAGUGCUGCGGCGGAAGACACUUCUGAGUCUCGGCGCUCUAAUCCAAGGACUUUGCACUGUGUUGCUGGCCUUCACCAAAGGCUUCAGUCUCAUGUUGCUGCUGAGAAUUCUCAAUGGCGCCGCACUGGCCAGCUUGAAACCUCUUUGUGUUGGGCUGGUGGCAGAUACCACUGCAGAGACCUUGCGAGGACGACAAUAUGGGUAUCUAGAGCUGUGCGUAAAGCUUGGCAUGAUGGCUGCUGCCUUGAUUGGCACGCCCAUGUCGCGCCAACAGAUUCUGGGGCUUCAUGGUUGGCAAGUGGCAUUCCUUUUGAUUGGCAGUUUUAGCCUCUUCACGGCCUUCUUAAUCCAGGUCUUCAUGCGUGAGGCGCGCCGGGAGAAGAGUUGGAGCAGUGGAGGCAGAGCUGGAUGUGCAGGUGCUAAAGAGGAGAUGCAAAAGCUGGGCGGCUACUUUCGGAAGCCGACCUUCCUUUGCCUGGUGGGGCAGGGCCUCUUCGGAGCCAUCCCAUGGAAUGCCUUCGGCUAUUCAACCAUGUACUUUCAAGUCAACGGUCUCUCGGAUGCGGCGGCGGCGGGUCUCAGCACGUUAGCACACCUCUCCAACGCCACUGGACAUUUGCUGGGCGGCUUCAUUGGAGAUGCCAUGGCCAAGCGCUGCCCGCUGCACGGACGACCCUUCACAGCCAACUUCUCAGUCUCCUGUGGGAUUCCCUGCGCCAUCUUCAUCUUUUUAUCGACCCAUCAAUCCUUCACCUACUACGCCAUCUUCCUCGUGAUCUUAGGCCUGGGUGCCACCUGGUGUGCUGUGGGCGUGAAUUGGCCCAUCCUUUCGGAGAUCGUGGAGCCCCAAUCCAGGAGUGGAAUCAUGGCCUGGGAAAGUGCGAUGGAGGGCGCUGUAGCAGCGUGUUUGGGGAAUGCACUGGUGGGCUUGUUGGCACAAGUGGUCUUUGGGUUUAACUUGGCCAAGGAAGUUCAAGGUAAAGCACAGAAUGCAGAGGCCUUGGGUAAAGCAUUGGCUUUGACCUCCGUCUUGCCAUGGACUCUUUGCAACCUGGAGCAUUAG